UGUCCGCAGAGGUCGGGCAGCAAGCACGCAACCACGCCUGCGGAUAACUACUACCUGGCUCGGAGGAGGACCCUGCAAGUGGUGGUCAGCUCCUUGCUCACCGAAGCCGGCUUCGAGAGCGCUGAAAAGGCCGCGGUGGAGACGCUGACAGAGAUGUUACAAAGCUAUAUUUCUGAAAUUGGAAGGAGCGCAAAGUCCUACUGUGAACAUACAGCCCGAACACAGCCUACGCUCUCCGAUAUAGUGGUUACUCUAGUGGAAAUGGGGUUCAAUGUUGAAACGCUUCCUGCAUAUGCCAAGCGGUCCCAGAGGAUGGUCAUCACUGCCCCUCCUGUGACAAACCAGCCUGUGACUCCCAAAGCCCUGACAGCUGGACAGAACAAGCCACAUCCAUCCCACAUUCCUGGCCAUUUCCCUGAGUUUCCAGAUCCUCACACUUACAUCAAGACGCCAACGUACCGGGAGCCAGUAUCUGAUUAUCAAGUCCUACGGGAAAAGGCAGCAUCUCAACGGCGCGAUGUAGAAAGAGCUCUCACGCGUUUCAUGGCUAAGACGGGAGAAACACAGAGUCUCUUCAAAGAUGAUGUUAGCACGUUCCCAUUGAUUGCUGCCAGGCCUUUCACUGUACCCUACCUGACAGCUCUUCUCCCCUCUGAGCUGGAAAUGCAGCAAAUGGAAGAAACGGAUUCAUCUGAGCAAGACGACCAGACAGACACUGAGAACCUCCCCCUGCACAUGAGCACGGAUGAUUCAGGACCUGAAAAGGAGAAUGCUUCAGUGUUACAGCAGAACACCUCCCUGUCAGGCAGUCGGAACGGGGAGGAAAAUGUGAUAGACAAUCCCUACCUCCGGCCAGUGAAAAAGCCCAAGAUCCGCAGAAAGAAGUGAGGUGUAGCCAGCUGGCUGCUCAGAGAAAGAGAAACCCGGGGGUUCCACCUCCGCUGCUGUGGGUGAGAGGCAUGGAGCAAGACAGGAGAGGCAAUCCGGCUGAGUGGCAGAAGCAGAAGAAUGAUCUCUCUCUGCCUAGUGAACUACACUCUCAUCUUGGUUUGCAAUGGUCCCUCUUUCCCCUCUGCUCUCCUGCUGACUUGGAAUGGUCAAUGGUCAAUUGCCUUAAAAGCGUUGAAGGCUACCGGGUUACAGAUGGGAAUUGUCUCAUUUACUUCGGUUUGUUCUCACUGUCGGCAGGAUUUACUCUCUGAAGAGAUGGGGGACACAAAGGUUCUGGCUGCUCAGUGCUUCCCAGCAGGCUCUACAGAAUACAAAGGCAUAAUUCGUUUGUGGCUGUCUGGCAGGCUAGAAAAGAAACUUCUGCAAUCGACCUUGCCUGGCCUUAUAAUGUAAGGAGCAUGUAUUAACAGAGACAGAAAAAUCCCAGAGAGGUUUCUUUCUUUGGAUUCUUGGCAGGUAAAAGCAAACAGACUUUUCUUUUAUAAACUAAAGGCGUCUGAUGUGUUGGUAAGAGAGUGAAGUGUAAAUACAGAGCUAAGAUGGCAUUUUAUUCUCACUUUUCUGACUGCAGCUGCACUUCUAACUUAAAAGCGCUAAGUGUGGUGUUUACCCUGUUCUGCUUUGAGAUUAUUUUUUAGCAGUAUGAAUGGCAAGAUUUAACAGCUGCUUCAGGCUAUUUUUCAGUUCUAUUGUUAGUUUCAACACAGCACAACUCCUUUGAGAGUUCACACCUUCACCAGCUGUUUUGAAAGAUGCUGUGCUGAAAAACUUGGAAUAUGGAAUAAAGCUGUAUUGAUUGCAGUCCACAAGGCCAUGCUAUUGAUCGCACUUUUUAAUUUUGUCGGUUCUCAGAUACGGGCUUUUAUCAACAGAAGUUGCUCUUUUUUUUCGCCUUUAUUUCUCCAGUGCAGAAGACUAUUUCAGCAGUGAAAAUGACUGGUGAUGGGAGUAUUGUAAUUGUUAGCUGGUUCUGGAGGGCUUUGCUUUAAUUUUCAUUCAGCCUUUACUUAGGCAAAAUAUGGGUUAAAUUUCUUUGACAAAAGACUCCUGUAGUUUGGUCCAGUCUCCCAAGCAUCUCUUCUGGAUGAAAAUGUGGUGCUGGGAGAGGCAGCAAAAACUGCCUGCUACUGACUGCCAGGCAGGUCAUGGUUUCCUAGAGUAGUAGCUGAAUGCAAGAAGUCUGUUGCAGUCACUGGGGAGGUCAGAGUUAUGUGUGUACAUGUUCACCUCUGUUUAGUUAAGGCAUCCUCCCAGGCCUCCCUCUUCCCCUGGCGCCCAGGGAGGAGGAGGUUAAAAAGGAGUAAUUGUUUCAGUGAGAACAGAGGUGUUCCUGCCAAACAAUUUGAAAUGACAUCUCUAGCAAAAAAGUCCUGCAUGUGCCAUUGUCACUUCUGCUGGUGCCUUGGUUGUACAGAAUAACAAAUGUACAGAGACAUUGUGUAUGUAUGUAUAUAUAAAAAUUUAUAUCUUUUUACUUGGAUGAAGCAUUUUUCGUAAUGAGAAAAUCCCUCGCUGGGUAGGGGAAAAAUGUAGGA